UAAUUUGACAAAUGUAAAGGUUAAAAUUAGAUUUUCAUAAAUUGACGCAAAUGAAGCUGCACGGGAACAGUUAGUUACAUGAUACGAACUAACAAAUAUGUCGACAAGUUCCUAGGCGAGCCAAUACAACAAGCUAUAUCCUCGGAGAGCGGUAUCGAUUUGGUUCUGGACUCCUUAGCCGACAUAAUAGCAGAAAGUGAAGAUCUCUCAUCGAAAGUGUCCGCUUUGCGGAACAUAAGUGUUAAGGCGGGAACAUUAGCGGCAGUCGCUGCGGAAAGACUGAAUGACCUCGCCAGACAAAUAGACGGCCUGAAGAAACAAUGCUCGCCGAAAGACGCCCCACUCUGUGGUACAAUUAACACACAUUCUAUGGAGCUCAAAUUGAAGUUCAACUCGAUAUUAAAAGAACAGCAGUUAUUGGAGCUUCGAGUUCUAGGUGUAGACAACUUGACGCUUGCCAUUGCCGCAGCGAAACAGGAACUGCGUUCUUUACCUUCAGUUGUUGUAACACAGACCAAACAUGUAAGAGAUAGUAUCCUCCGUGACAUAGAAAUUCGUCGUGACAAAGUCCAUAGUUCAGCUAGAAUCCUAAGCGACAUUGUGCGGUACCUGACCGCCAGCUUACAUUCCUUUUCCCGACAACUUGAUGAAAGCUUUGAAAGAAUACAAAUAUACGAAUUUUGGAGAUGGAUUUUCAUGUUAGUAUGCACCGUCGUGUGCGCGUUGGUCAUGAUUUUGAUGUUGGCAGCCAUGCUUUGUGGAUGUGGAAAAGCGAAGAUACACGCUAAAAGGACAUUGCAACUAUCUGCCGUGUGGUUAUGCUUCGCCUCCCUGCUUUUAUGGAGCGUGAUUUCCGCUGUAUUUCUUAUCGCAGGCCACGCUGAGGUUUUUGUAUGUCAAACGCUUAGGGAUGCUGCUCAGUAUAAAACUCUAUCAAAGCUUUUGGAUAAACCAUCACCAUUGCUGCAGAACAAUGAAGGAUUCUUUGACGCAUUGUUCAGAGAUCUUGAUAACGUCACCAUUGAAGUUUCAGUAAGGGAUGUACUGAGAGACUGCGAGCGGAACCGACCGGCGUACGUAGUUUUUCAACUCGACAGAAUCUUGGAUGUUAACAAAGAGACAUCUUACUUCGAAUGGGAGGAGCUGCAGGCGGAUCUGGGACGUCUGUCUACUACCGUCGACGUCAGCUUCCUCAAAUCAAUAUCCGCUCCAUUUAACAGAAUACUUAAUGAGAUUCUUGUGAAAUCUAAUGUUAAUCUGCCUCUGUACAGGAUGGAGUAUAACAAUCCAGUUGUUGGAAAGGACCUGCCUGCUUUAGAAGAUCAGUUGGAGAAUGUCGCAGCGCAAGUAUCUGAUUUAACAACGUCAGGAAGGCUCGAAACUUUAGCUAAACGUACAGAAAAAGUUUAUAUGAGUAAUAUAAAACCAUUGGAGCAGUUGAGAGCAGAUCUUGUAUUCAAAUUGACUGAACUCGAAUUACAAUUAAUACCGUACAGAAGGAGAUUGAAUAUAUCGCUGAGUCAUAUACACACGGCGCAGUUUUACAUCGACAACCAGGGAGACGUCAUCGCACAGAAAAAGGUGUCAGCGUACGUAUCCCGGUUGGUGUCGCACGCCGCUAGAUGGCGCUCUCACGUGCUCACGUCCACCGGCAAACACGCCGCUCGCUGUCAACCGCUGUUUGCAGUAUACGCUGCGGUCAGGGCUUUACUCUGCACUAAAUAUAUUUCCUCUUUGCACGGCUGGUGGCUUUGUGGAGUCGCAUUGGGUCUGCUGUGGUGCGUACUGCUCACUCCUUUGAGCGUCAAUCUCUGGCGAACGUAUGAUCGGAGAAUGAACACUCAGAACUUUAUAACUCUAUCUAACUUUAAUGCAGCACCUCAAGGGACUCCAGAGACGGAACCAUGUGAAAACGGCAACUGGACAACACCUGGCCCACCCCCACCCCCUAGGGACGAUAACUGGUGAUCUACAAAACAAUGCUGUGAGAAACCGUUUGAAAUACAUCUAAGUACCACCAAGAAGAUAACCAGCGCGUGGUGCCUGAAAGCACAAAGUAUUUUGCUAAGCUUGAUAUCCAAGAUAAGUAACUAUGGAGUGUGCUUAUCGUUACUUAACUAGUAAGAUUAUCGUAGUUAAAGGAUAAAGUAAAUAUUUUAAAAUUUUUCG